GAACCGCCCUGGUCCGCGACUCACUUUGGCUUGGAUGCUCUCUGGAACCCGCAGGCUAAUGACAGAGCGCGCUGGCUGCUGGGCGCCAGUUUGGCCCCUUUCCCUGUGCCCCUAGCUGAGCUCCAAGUCCGGUGACUUUCCCAAGAGAAUCUGAGCAGAAACUUCAAGGGUCAGGACCAGCGGGGCUCAGGAGAGCUUCCCCGCCCCUGUCCUUCCAGGGACCAGCCUGCCUGGGUGCACUUUGCGGAGGGAGUGCGCCGGAUUGAGGGGGGUCUUGCUCACUGCGAAGACUUUGGGGGAGGUGAGGGGCCGAGCCGAAUGGGGUCAGCUGGGGUCUGAAUGGCAGGAGGAGCCGUGCCAGCGGGCUGGGCGCACCGCGCCGGUGAGCGCGCAACGCGCAACGCCGGAGGCUGUCUCCACCUCUUCUGGCAAGUUGGACCUAUGAGUGCGCGGCUCCACUUACAACCAUCAGCAGCCCGGAGGGUGAGCGCCAAGGGGGGCGCAGGGCCCGGGCAACUUCUUCGCGGGACCCCAGCCAGGCGCCAGCGUCCCUCCGGCCCAGGAGCCCCGCGCCCGCCUCCCUCCCACGCUGCCACGCUGCGGAGGUGCCCAGGCCGUCCAGCCAGCCCCGACGGGAUGCCCGCAGCCAUGCUCCCCUACGCCUGGGUCCUGAUGCUUCUGGGAGCCCAUAGCGCAGAGGCGGCUGGGAAAGCAGGGGGUGGCCACCUGCGCUGGGAGCCUCGCUGCCAGCAGCCCCUGACCAGCAGAGCUCCCGUCACUGCACUGCUGCCUCCACGCCUCGAGGGACCCUGGAUCUCCACUGGCUGCGAGGUACGACCUGGGCCCGAGUUCCUCACCCGUUCCUACACCUUCUUCCCCAGCCGCCUCUUCCGGGCCUACCAGUUCUACUACCAGGACCCCCUGUGCCAGGAGCCUGCCCACUCCCUGGUCAUCAAGGGCAAGAUCCGCCUGCGCCGGGCCUCCUGGGUCACCCGUGGCGCCACUGAGGCCGACUACCACUUGCACAAGGUGGGAAUCGUCUUCCACAGCCGCCACGCCCUGCUGGACAUCACCAGGCGCCUCAACUGGACCCAGGCCAGCCGUGACUGUGCCCAGCAGCUGCCCCCUGCCCAGGCCUGGGUACCAGAGGCGCUGUAUGAGCUGCUGAGCGCCCGGGCCGGGCGGGACUGCACGGCCGCCCUGGGCUUCACCAUGCACGAGCUCAGCCUGGUCCGAAUGCAGCGCCGCCUGCAGCCGCGGCCCCGGGCCAGGCCCCAGCUGGUGGAGGAGCUGUACCUGGGGGACAUCCACACCAACUGGGCAGAGAGGUGGCACUACCGGCCCACCGGCUACCAGCGCCCGCUGCAGAGCGCCCUGCACCACGCUCACCCCUGCCCGGCCUGCAGCCUCAUCGCCCGCUCCGACCAGCACCAUCCUCCCGUGCUGCCUGCCCCAACGGCCCUGCCCCUGCACCUGGGCGGCCGGUGGGUCAGCCCCGGGUGCGAGGUGCGCCCCGCCGUGCUCUUCCUCACCAGGCUCUUCACCUUCCACGGGCACAACCGCUCCUGGGAGGGGUACUACCAUCACUUCUCAGACCCCGCCUGCCGGCAGCCCACCUUCACGGUCUACGCAGCCGGCCGCUACACCAAGGGCACGCCGUCCGCCAAGGUCCCCGGUGGUACCGAGCUGGUGUUCCACGUCACAGAAGCUCGUGUGACCCCCAUGGACCAGGUCACCAUGGCCAUGCUCAAUGUCUCAGAGCCCAGCAGCUGCGGGGGCCCGGGGGCCUGGUCCCUGGGAACAGAACGGGAUGUCACGGCCACCAAUGGGUGCCUGCCUCUGGGCAUCAGGCUCCCGCAUGUGGAGUACGAGCUUUUCAAGGUGGAGCAAGACCCCCUCGGGCAGAGCCUGCUCUUCAUCGGACAAAGGCCCACCGACGGUUCGAGUCCGGACACCCCCGAGAAGCGCCCCACGUCUUACCAGGCACCCCUGGUGCUCUGCCACGGGGCGGCCCGGGACUUCUCCAAGCCCCCCCAGCACAGGCCUCUGCUGCAGGAGCCCCUCAACAGUGGGGGGUGCUGGCCUCCAGUGGCCCCUCUCCCCUUUCUGCUCCUCAUUCGUGGGCUGGCCUUCCUCCAGCGGCUAUGAGAUCGGGUCACCGGCUGACCCCUGGACUCCAGCCCAGCGCAGGCCCGCACCUAUCUAAGAGGAAGGCCUCCUCCCCUCUUCUCCCUCACAGACAGGAGGGAGCCUGCCCCCGUCAGCUCAGCCUGCGCCUCGGGGGCUCAGCCCCUGCGUGCAGCAGCCCCUGCGGAGUGCACACUGCGGUGGGUUACUGACUGUGCCCAUGAGCCUGGCCUCGCGGCCAUGUCGAUGGCUCUGAGUUUUGAACACUGGCUCCCACCCUCCGUGGGCAGUUGGAGGUCCUGCACCAGGGCCCCCCUUAUUCCCUGUGUCCUUGGGAUUCUGUGCAAUGGGGGUGAGGGUCUGCAGGGGACGCUGCCCCACGUCUGCCUGUGCGAGCGAGUUUCCUUAAAGAUCAUUAAUUCAAAUUAAGCAAUACACACUCAGGCCGUGAUUACAGAUGCCGCUCAGGCUCUCGGUUUCAGCUCUCUGGCAGAAGGCUGGUCUCUGUGGGGAAACUCAGCUUCCCCGAAUCCCGACCGGGGGCGUCUGUGUGCACCUGCCCGCGCUCUGCCAGGCAGGCGGCCAGCGGGCAGCGCGUGGGGAGGCGCAGCCUCGGGCGCGGGCGGGCUGCAGCUGAGCCCGAGCGGUGGCCUUUGCCCCCACCACGCUGGGCUGGCUGCCGGGAACCGGUCUGCGGGGGAAAGCGGUGCUCCCAGCCUUGGGAAAGUAAUUAAUACUAAUGAUAUCGGCAUUACCACGCGCUCUGUAAUUAGCCCUGCACAGGUGUUCUCUGCUUUCAAGAUUCCCUGUGCCUCACGGACGAGGGAGAAAACCACUUCGAAUGUGUCUCGGGGACCACCCAGGCCGCAUGGCGACAGGGGGGAGCCGCUCCUGCGCCCCGUGCCCCGCUGGGAGCCGUGCCCGGGCGGGACAGGCUGUGCCUCCCCAGGCCCGCUGCGGGCCGGCCGCGCCCGUUCACUGUGAAAUUAACUGGCGUCCUGACAAAGCGCCCCCUCCUUCCUCCGCCCGAUUCCUAUCUCUGGCUCUUGUCACGGAUCUCGAACAACAAUUGUCUGUGAGGCUAAUGACGCUUUCAGAACAAAGCCCUUGUCCUCCAUUAGAUUGUGUGGGGUUCAAUCAGCCUGCUGAAAUUGCUCUAACUUAUCUACCCAUUCUUCUUAAAAAAAAAAAAAAAAAAAAAAGCCACACACCACCAAGUUCAUAUUGUCUGUGGGUCUCAGAGAGUGACGAGUGUUCCUGGCAUAUUUACGAAAGCACAAGAAGUAAUUAUUUGUGGUCUCAGACUGCAUCGAGUGGUGGGGGGGAGCGGGGGGGUUCCUCAUGGGGAGGAGGGUGGGUGGCGCUGAUGUGUCCACGGCUGAGUGAGUCUUGUAUCUAAGGCUUGAGGCAGCCAUGCCACCAUUUAUCAUCAAAUUUGAAUCUUUUAAUAAAAUUAAACAGUCUGAAAAA